GCGCGGUGCCGCCCGGCCCCCGAUAUAAGGCGGCGCGGGCGGGGAAGGGGCCGUCGCGCCCGCGGUGGCGUCGGUGGGAGCGUGCUCGCGCGAGGCGGGACGGUGUGCGGUGGGGCCGGGACCGACCGACCGAGGGUGGGCGAAGCAGUAUCGGAUCCUCUUCCCUGCCCGCCUCUAGCGGGAGCUGCGGGUUAGCCGUCGUUGUGUAACUCUGGAGAGCCGAGAGCAAAAGGCACUUGGGAUGUGGAGCACCUAGGGACCAGUGUGAUCCCUCUCCACAGGAGAGGAGCGAGGAGGAAGACUUGCCAGACAAGAUCCAAAACUAGUGUGACCUUCAGUUUUCCAUUCCACUAAGCUGAUUCUGGAACGCCGAGUAGAGGACUCCCAGCCCGAGCUGCUUGGUGCAGGAGUUUGAAGAUGCAGCAAGCCUGAUUGAUAGUGAGGACAGAAGAAUCUUGUUAAAGCAGUCUGACAGUCUGAAAUACCAACCAUGUCUAUUAUGGAUCAUAGCCCCACCACUGGAGUGGUGACUGUUAUUGUUAUUUUGAUUGCUAUUGCAGCUCUUGGUGCCUUGAUACUGGGCUGCUGGUGUUACCUGCGUCUGCAGAGGAUCAGCCAGUCUGAAGAUGAGGAAAGCAUCGUGGGUGAAGGAGAAACUAAAGAGCCCUUUCUUCUGGUGCAGUACUCUGCUAAAGGACCCUGUGUAGAAAGGAAAGCUAAGCUAACUCCAAAUGGCACAGAAGUACAUAGCUAACUUGGAGCAACACAUGUAUAUGGACUGUGCUUAUGAUGUGUAUAACCAGCAGAAGAAUCUCUAUACUGUGAAGAAGCUGGUCACAUGCACACUACUCAUCAGAAAACACCUUGAUGAGGAUUAAAUAAGCUUUGUUCGCAACUGCAUGCACUGAGAAGUUGUACUUCGCAUCAACUGUGUAUCCUAAUUCCUCUAUGAUAGGAGCUAACUCGCCUGGCGUAAUGUCCAUUGCCGGCAAUGGACACAGGGAUAUAUUGGUGUGAAGAGACUACUAGUGUUUUCUGUUACUUGAAUGUUUAGCUGAGCCUAUUUUAAUGGAGCUACUACUGUAAUGUGAACUACUUUAAACUGUGAACUGUAAAUAGGCUGCCAGAAGCUUUUUGCUUUGUGUUCCACAGCAUAUGGGAAUAAUGUGAUGCAACUGUACAUAACUCAAGGGGACUCCUGAACCACAACUGUUGAUGCGAUUCCAGACCUUCAAAACCAAAUCUGCAGUUAAAGCUUGCUUCUGCUACUAACUUGAGUGCAGAGCCAGAAAGUCAGAACUCCUACUUGUAACAGUUUAUUGGACUGAUGCAGAAUACUUUCUUUGAAAAGAAGGUAUAAGCCUUCAGUAACAUGUUGAGGGAGGAAACACGGGAGCUCUAAGAAAGGAAGCAAUUUCCUUUAGUUGCAGCUAGGUAGGUUAAGCUUUUGACUGCUAGAACAGAGUUCUCUAACUAUGUAGCUACUGCAAGGAAACUGCCACUGUGAUGGAUUCCAACCUGGGAACUAAUGAUGGAUACUGAACCCUCAGGGAUGGUCCAGAAGGUUUCCAGGAGUUUGAAAUGACAGUAGAGCAGGCUUUUCUCUUCUGUAGGUCCGCAUGCUGAAACUGCGGAAGUGGUUACUUACUAAAACUGGCGUAAGUGCAACUAGUAUGAACUAUUCCUAGAACCCCUGUUUGUGUACUUAGCAGUUAGGGUAUAUGCUAACAGCCUGUUGUAAAAAGGCAUUUUAGUCUACAGACAAACAGUCAAGUAUAGAAUUCAGUCAAAGUAUCUUGUAGAUAAGUCUUGUGAUUGAACUGUACUACUACAAGAUAAGUUUCAGUCUUUUGUACAAAAACAAGUGUUGAUAUGGGGAAGGGAGAUUGCUGGUCAGUUCUUAGUCAGCAAUGGUGACAUCCCUUCCCUUCCUGCUCUGUGCUAUAGUUCAGCUAUAGGAACUGUAAAAAGAUGUGUUAAAUGGGGAGUUCUGGACGUCUAAGGUUUGGAGGGAAGAGGGGGGGGCAGAAAGGGGAGGAAAAGGAACAACACUGAGCCACUGAGGGCAGCUUACAUAUACUAAAACUCUUAGGGUAGGCAUAUGAGCUUUGAGGCCACCCAAUUGUUUUCUAUGACUUCAUACAUGGCUUCCUUUACCUACUGAAAUUUUUAAACAAUUGCCUAGGAGAAAAAAGCUACUGUAAAUCUGUCCUUUGAAGUCCAAGUUCUUGAGCUCUAUAGGAAGCAUUAGACUUGCUUCUUGUACCUGUAUGUAUGGAGCAACUAAGUAACACAGGUCUAGGAUGCUUGCUUGAGAAUUGUAACUAUAUGCAGGACAACAGUGUCCCUUUCUUCUACAGUAAUAUCUUGACUUGCAUUUUUAGUGCUACAGUUUCCUUCCCCCCCCCCCCACUUGAAGCCCAUAAUUUGAAGCAAAAUUAGUGCUGUCAGUAGUGAAAAGCUCCUGCUGUUGUCUCUUGAAUACAAUAUUGGGGUACAGCUGACAGAAGGCUGUCCUUACCCUGGCACAUGCUUUUUUAAGAUAGUAGUCUCAUAAGACUUGCAUGUAUAGCCAGACCCGUACACUUAAACUCCUGUAUUC